AUGGAUGUGUGGAGUCAAGGACCAAUGGUUUUCCAAAAGAGUUCUAAUAGAGGAAGUAACUUCAAGGAAUUGUUUGAGUAUCUGCAGAGUAGUUCAAAUCAGAUUUCAAUGGAGGUGUUUUGUGUGAUUGCUCGAGGUAUUUGGCUAAGAAGGAACAAAUUGGUUUUUGAUGAUUUAUUUUCUCAUCCCACUAGUGUUGCAAAUCAGGCUAUAAAAGCAUUGGAGGAUUUUAACUCAGUACAGAUUAUAGCAAGAACUAAUGGCCCAAGACAUCAAAUGGAUUCCCAUGUUUGGAGCCAUCCACCAGAGGGUUGCAUUAAAAUUAACUGGGACGCAGCACUAAGCUCAACAAACGGCAGAAUUGGCAUUGGGUUAGUGGCUCGUGAUCAUGAAGGAUUCAUCAUAGCUUCGAAGCAACAAUCAACUUCUGGGUUUAUGGACCCGCUAUUAGCUGAAGCACAAGGAGGAUAUCAAGCUGCAAGAUGGGCUAGAGAGCUGGGAAUAAACUCGGUGAUAUUGGAAGGGGAUUCUCAACAAAUUGUCAAUGGACUGAAUCAACAAAGCAAACGUUGA